AGAGAGGGGCCUCGUGAGACAUUUCCGUCAACUGAACCACGCUCGAAUUAUUCGACCGACUGGCAGUGAUUUUUUAGCAAAUUGCAUAUUAAUUAAUAAUAGAAAUUGAAUAAAAACUUUACUUUUUUAAGGUUCCAAUUUCCAGGUGGCUGGAAUUGUCAAGAUGAUACGAAACUUGGCGAAGCGAUGUUCCAUGAUUUAUAAUGGACUUGGUUCAAUUGUCGUCACACCGUCAAUCUUGGCUCCGAGGAUGAUUUCCACAAGUGUUCCUACCCUCAUGCCGUACGAACAUCAGAGAGGGCCCAAAGACUGGCCCAGAUACAACAAGAAAAUCUUUCCCCCACAGGAAAUUGGCGAGAAACCAAGGCCUGCCUACGUUUGUCACAUGAAGUGUGAUAUCAAAUACUCUCCAGACAAGAUGUGGUGGGUGGCAUGUCUCGUUAGAGGGAUGCCCGUGGACGAAGCCGUUAAACAAUUAUGUUACGUCAAAAGGAAAGGGGCAGGUUAUGUGAAACAAGUCAUUCUAGAAGCUCAAGCAUUGGCUGUUCGAGACCAUAAUGUAGAAUUUAAGAGUAAUCUCUGGGUUGCCGAAUCAUUCGCUUCUAAAGGCUACGUCGUGAAAGGGGUUCGUCGUCACGCCAGGAAGAGGUUUGGACUCGUUGAGUAUAAACAUUGUCAUUAUUACGUAAGAUUAGAAGAAGGACCGCCACCAGAAAAUUAUUAUCUUCCUAAUCAACCCGACGGACCAACUCUUCUUCAAAGAUGGAUUGAAGGACGACGACAGUUACGCGUUGCUGGUGCCUUAUAAUAAAUAGAAUAAGGUAGUUCAUUGUUCUCAUUGUUCGUAGCGAUAAGAUAUAUUGUUAUUUAUUAUCAUUGAUGUGCUAGCCAUUGUUAUACAUUGAAAUGUGUAAUUUAUAAUAAAAAUUAUAAUUAUAUACA